CGGUUUCAGAUCCUUAAGGUAAACCGGCUGGUGUCCAGCCAGGGAUGAUAGUACUUACCUUAUACCCACUGCACCCAGCCUGACUCUUCAGUCUCAACUCCACCAACCACCAUGCAUACCUUCCAUCUACUCCAAGGCCUCGCCUUAGCACCCGUCCUAGUGACAGCCAACAUCCUCAUUUACUCCCCGCCCAGCCAACCCGCCCUCACCUACAGCAUCACCAUCCCCGACACCACAACCGCCACCGACUCGGGUCCCAUCUACCUACAAAUCUCCGCCCCGACCACCCUCCAAUGGGCCUCUCUCGGCCAAGGCACGCAAAUGGAUUCGGCCAACAUCUUCAUCCUCUACGCCGCGUCUGCCACUGAGGUUACCCUGUCUCCCCGAUCCAGCAUGGACGGGGGUCAGAGCCAGCCGGAGUACAACCCCCUCGCAAACCUCACCCUAUUGCCAGGCUCGGGCAUCGACAACGGCCGGAUGAUCGCCAACAUUCGCUGCAUGAAUUGUCUGUCUGCCUGGCCUACCCUCUCCUCGACCAACUCCAGCUCGGAGUAUACCUUGGAUCCGAAUGGCACCUCCACGGCUUGGUUCUGGGCCUCCAAGUCGGGUCCGCCUGUUAACAGCUCCGACCCUGCUGCUGAUCUCGCGAUGCAUGAUGACAAGGGAACGAUGCAGUUGGAUUUGAGUUUAGCGCAGUUUACAUCGGCAGAGUCGCUAGGGGUAUUGUAUAAUCCGUUUUUGGAAGGUUCUAUUGUGAUUUCUUGAUUUUUUUUUGCCACCCUCGAUUCAUGACACUAGGGAGGGCUUUGGCUUAAAGUGGACAUUCACUGGUCUUCGAG